CAUUCGACGUGGUUAGCCUGUGUUUUUUUUAUAUAAUAUAAAUUUAGUUUAAUAUUAUGGUAGCUGUCGGUGCAGAUUAAAAAUGAAUUGAAUUCUGUUGAAGCUGAUCGAAUUCGCUGGCCUUAAAGCAAAAAUUUGGUUUAUGAAUUUGGUAAACUUAAAUUUAAAAAAAAAUUAUGUUAUUUGAUUAGUGCUUUAAAAACUGCGUAGUUAAGAAGACUAUAUUUAUUAAUUGUCAAAGAAAAAAGUUAACUCGCUCUAUCCAAAAUGUCUGUAUUUCUCGUCUCAGCUCUUUGUUUGAUUUUUGCUACUGGAUUUGCAUCAGCUGAUCCGCCAAGUCCUGAAGAAAUGCGGAUGGCGAAAACUUUGCUAUGCGGUGAUAAGGAUAAUAAACCGGCUCAAUGCAUUGGUGCAAUGGAUUUUACUGGAGCAAUAGAUGAAGAAGAACUUAAAAGUUGCUGCUCUGGAAUUCAAGGUUGCAAAGGAGAACACAUUAUAGACUUCAUCUGUGCAGAAGAAACAGAUGAAGAAAAAAUGUCAUCAUGUAUUGAAUGCAUGAAGGGUAGUGUUAGCGACGAGGGAAAGUCAAAAUUUCAAGAAAUGCAGAAAUGUUUCAAAUCCAAGUAGACGAUAUCAAAUGGAAGAAAAAGAGUCUUAGAUUCAAGAAGAAAUUGAACCUGAAACUGCAUAUUUAUUUUAGAUGAAAUGUCAAUAAAACUAGAUUUAAAAAUUUU